UCUCGACCACAACUUAUUUUUUAUGGGAACAGUAUAGACCGGUUGGGUAAAAAAUCAUGAAAGGAGCUACAAAGUUAUGCAGACUUUGCCUGUCACUUUUGUUAUUGGCGGCAUAUUCACACACAAAGUCAGUUACAGUAAAGCAAGGUAAAACGGCGGAAAUAGUAUGUAAAAAAGCUGGACAAAUUAUAAAAAUUACGUCUGCAGAUUACGGAAAAAAACCGGGAAACGCAAACAAAUGUAACGAUCCCAAUGCUGAUUCAAUUGUCAAAGGUCUUUGUGAUGGAAGGACAAGUUGUUCAGUUGCCGCAUCUGAUGCACAGUUUACAAGUUCAACAUGUACAGCUAGUGAUAAACAGAAAUUAAAGGUCAAAUUCAAUUGUGAAAAUGCUGAAGCAAAAGUACCAACUGUAAAAAACGGUGGAACACAAACUAUUACAUGCACUGGAGGAUCUUUCAUCUUUAUAACAUCAGCAAGCUACAGCGCGGGUUCGUGUUUCUCACCUACUGCACUUACUAUAGUCCAAGGACUAUGCGACGAUUUAACAACCUGUAGCGUCACGGCCGAUGAUGCUACUUUUGCAGAUUCAUCUUGUGACGCCAGUAAGAGUGAAAAAUUGAAGAUCUCCUACGUCUGUCAAAAACCAAGUGGUCCAGUGUAUCAACGUUGGGGUGCCGUUACCUGUCCAAAUUCGGCCUCUUUAAUCUAUGCCGGCGUUAUGGGCGGUGCGAACUUUGGUGGUACUGGCUCAGGAUCAAAUUUCCUCUGCUUGCCUACAAACCCUGUUGUUGGUGGUAGCAACUUUACAUUAGGUACGAACAAGGGAGCAAUUUUCGGUACUCAGCUCAUAACAGACAGUGCUGGACCGUUAAGUAAUUCUCUUGACUCUCUCGAAUUGACAUGUGCUCUUUGUCAGACUAAGUCUGCAGAGACAACGUUUAUGUACCCAGGAAGUUACGUUUGUCCUUCCGGUUUCACUGUUGAAUACGCUGGUUACCUAGCUUCUGAAAAAGCUACAUCCGGAAGGACUUCAAAAGGCUAUCUUUGUUUGGAUGCUUCUCCGGUUACUAUAGAUAAUAGCUAUUCAGGAGAUGAUACUGCUAAACUUUAUUUGGUGGAAGGAAAAUGUGGAGCACUUCCAUGCGCAAAUUACGUAGACAAUAAUGAAAUACCUUGUGCUAUUUGUUCAAUGUGAAAAAAAAACUUUAAAAGGCAUAUGAAGAAAAUAGAAAAUUUAACCUUAUUGAUGUCAUUAGUAUGAAAGACAUUAAAAGAAAUUUGUUCUGGUAUCCUCAAACAAUGGUGAAUUGUUUUAAUUAUAAUUACCUCCAUGAUUAAUUGGUGCGUGAAUGGUGGAUAUAGCUGGUUUUCCUUCUGCCUUUAUUUAUUUAUUUAUUUAUUUAUUUAUUUAUUUAUUUAUUUAUUUAUUUAUUUAUUUAUUCAUAUCAAACAUUUGACAACACUUUUAUGUUUAACUUCCAAUUUAAAUUGAUUAAAACCUCUUUAAUGUUA